CCACUUCCAGGCGGCUGACGGCUGGGCUCCUCCAUGUCACCCCGACUGCCUGCCUGACUGACUGCGUAACGGCGUCAUGCGCGUUUACUCCACAACUGCGUAAUGCAGGGAGCGGGAGAAGCAGGACGAGGAGGGGGCGAAGAAGCGAGGGCAGGACAGCAAAUGUGGAUUCACGUUCAUGAUCGAUUGCAAACGGGGCGAAUUGAUCGUGAUGGACGUGAGAGUGGGGCAGGGCGAAUGAGGCAGUGAUUGAGGGAGUUGGUGGAUGGCCCGCGCGGCAUGCAAUUUCAUCUUGUCGGCCUUCGCUCGCUAUUAGCAGGAGCAGUCGAGGAGCAGACAUGAGCGGUAGUGGUAGCACUGCCCCCCGCAUUCUCAUUGCUGGCGAUGUUUGUGGACGCCUUGCUGCCCUUUACAAACGAGUUGCUUCGGUCAAUAAAUCAAAUGGACCAUUCGAUGCCCUUCUUUGCGUCGGGCAGUUUUUUCCAAGUGAUCCAAGUGGUAUCGAGGAUAUGCAGAAGUAUAUCGACGGAACAGAGCCAAUACCACUGCCCACCUUCUUUGUCGGUAACUAUGGAGAGGGAGCCAACCUGCUGCUGUCCGCGAGUAAACUCAAAGCUGCCCAAGCUGGUCUAAGUAUGGAAGGGAUUCCCGUUUGUCAAAAUUUGACUUGGCUGAUUGGCAGCGGCAUAUUAAACCUUCAUGGCCUGCGAAUUGCUUAUCUGGGUGCAAAAUACAUUCCUGACCUUUAUCAGGAUGCUAAAGGUGCGGCAGCUGCAGGAGCGCAUCACGAAGAUGAUGUUGAUGCGUUGCGUGCAUUUGCAGACGACAAAGCUGUGACUGACUUAUUUUUAUCAAACGAGUGGCCACUGGGAGUGACAAACGGGGCUGAUCUGGUCAACGUUCCUCCAAAUGUCAAUGCUGCCACAGGAACAAUGAUAGCUGCAGACCUUGCCACUGAGUUAAAGCCGCGCUAUCAUUUUGCAGGGACAGAGGGAGUCUUUUACGCCAGAGAGCCCUACUUGAAUCCUGAUGCUGACCAUUGUACUCGUUUCAUUGGACUUGCGACUGUUGGGAAUGAUAAGAAACAGAAAUUUCUACAUGCUCUGUCUCCAAUGCCGGCAUCUACCAUGGCUUUGUCAGAUCUUGCCAUACGGCCUCCGAAUCUGACAGUUUCGCCCUAUGAGAUAGCUCGUAUUGAGAGUAAAAGUGCGGGUUCCAGAGCCACGAAUUUGCGAAAUGGAUUGGCCAAAGAUACAUCUCGUGGUGGAAAACAUCCUGUCGACGUCGAUGGUCAAUACUGGAGAUAUGAUGUUGGUCAAACCAAACGCCAGAGACGGGAUGAUGGCGACAGGGUUUGCGUAGAAUUUGUUACUCGAGGCACGUGUUCAAGAGAAGGAAACUGCAGAUUUAAACAUGACUUAGGAGAUGGGACUCCUAUACCUAAGGGUGCAUGCUUCGAAUUUGUCACCAAAGGUAGUUGUGAAAGAGGUGCGGACUGUAGGUAUAGACACUCGCUAGAGAAUCCGGAGAGACGAGAACCUCUACCGGCAGGUGUAUGUUUUGAUUUUUUCAAAACAGGAAAGUGCGACAGAGGGGCUGAUUGCAGGUUUAGUCAUAGUCUUGAUAAUCCAGCUCCUCCUCGACCAACCGGACCUUGCUGGUUUUGUUUAUCAAGCCCCGAAGUUAGUACACAUUUAGUGCUUAGUGUGGGUGACCAUUGCUACUGUGCCCUAGCCAAAGGUCCUGUAGUUCAAGGGCAUGUGCUGCUUCUGCCGAUCGAACACUUUCCUUCCACUGUUUCUUUAGCGUUUGAUGUAUUAGACGAGAUGCAAAAGUACAUAGAUGGUCUACGGGAAUGUCAUCGGAGUCAAGGAAAUGCAAUUGUGAUCUUCGAGCGCUACAUUCAACUUCGUGCGGGGACACAUGCUCAUAUACAGAUCAUCCCAAUACCUGAAGCAGAAGCUCAAUCUGCACGUGGCGCAUUUGAAACUGCAGCAAUGCAGGCAGGUUUCGAAUUCCAAUCUCUUCCUUCAGGAAAGAGUCAUCGUCAAGCUAGAGAGGCUCUUUGGGAGUUAGUGCAAAACAGAAACUACUUUUAUGUGGAGCUUCCGGACCAGGCGAGACUAGUGCAUCCGUUGGACGGUGGUGCCAAGAUGAGUAUGCAGUUCGGCAGAGAGGUGGUGGCAACCCUUCUCAACAAGCCAGAACGAGGAGACUGGAAGGCGUGUGUGAUGAGUAAGGAUGAGGAAACCAACAUGGCUGAGGAAUUCAAACAGCUGUUCACAAACUUUGAUCCGAUGCUAUAAUGGUUUUCACAGAUAAAGGAUUUUCUCUUUAUCUUAAUUUUUGAUGGGUUGGUGGUUGAUAUUAGAAAUGAUCCUUUCAACUGUAGGAAGGCGAGAUAGAUGUAAAGCUAUUAUGUUGCCAAGGAUUUGUACAAAACAAAGAUUAUUUGUGCAAUUGACGUUGAGAGCUUAUGCCGUGGGGUUAGAGGUAUCGGAAAUUGUCUUAUUUUGUCAACAAAUUGUACCAACUGACUCUAUCUUCAAGCAUAUUGAAUGCCAAAAAGAAUGGAUGGACAC